AUGGCCACGGCAGCCGCAGCCCGCCAGCCGGACCAGGCCGCAGCCCCGCGACCGGCGGCGGCGGGGGCGGGGGGCCAGGCGCCCAAGCACUCCCUCUACGUUGGCGACCUGGACAGGGAGGUGGACGAGGGCCUGCUGUACAACAUCUUCUCAAAGGUUGGCCCCGUGGCGUCCAUCCGUGUGUGCCGCGACUCAGUCACGCGCAGGUCGCUGGGCUACGCCUACGUGAACUACAUCCCAUCGCUGGACCCGCACGCAGCCGAGAAGGCCCUGGAACUUUUGGCCUACACCACAGUGAAGGGGCGGCCCAUGCGGAUCAUGUGGGCCAACAGGGAUGCAUCCCAGCGCAAGUCCGGUGUGGGGAAUGUCUUUGUGAAG